AUGUGCGCCGCCAGUGGUUUCUGCUACGCCAACCUCCGACCAGAAUCCACCCCCGUCCGUCUGACUCCGAAAGAAAUUGGGUUCAGGUCAGCCGAUCUCAAGGUUCGCCAGACGGAGGAGACAUCGGAAGACGCCGAGCCGGAACCACCGAUCGCCUGGCAAAUCUCCCGUAUUGAAACACAUCGCCCCUCCAGCGAAUCCACCACGGGCAACUCCGGCGUGAGCUCCAUUAGCCUCACCAUCACGGAGCCCGGGACCGGAUUGAGCGGCCCAGACAUGACGGCCGAUUGCACGACGGAGUGGAAUGAAACCGCGGGGGAGUCGCCGUUUGACAAGGUCCAGGCUUGCAGCGAGGUGGAAGAGGGCUAUUUCAUGUUUGAGGUUGUCAAGGCCGACGGAAACGAUACCGUUGAAAAUGCCGGUGACGACCCGAUGAGCAGCUUCAACUUGAAGUUCACUAGGCUGGGUGCUGAUGGGAAGACAUACCUUGGUUUGGCGGAAUUUGUGGCUGAGAAGAACUUGGCUGGCGGCUGUGGAGGGAACGGCGGGUGCGAUGCGGUCUUGAAGGAGGAGUAUAACCCGCUGGUUGUGGUGCCGAAGGAGGUUAAGGGUCGGUGA